GUUUUCCCCAGUGUUAUGGGAAGCUCUGUGCUGUCCUUAAAAUUGCUGUGGUUCUUGUACUUUAUAGCAGUCGUGGGAGAGAGCUGGGCUAUUGGUGUUGGGUGCAGCAGCACCUCAUGGCUACUAAGCAGUUGGACUUCUUAACGGACUUGAAUAAUUUACUGCCUGGUUAAUAGAGUAGCUGAAGAACGUGAGUGGGUACUUGGCAGUCUUGAUAAAGAUAUAUGUUUACAAGCCUCUUUGGCACAUCAUUACAUGCCUAAAUAGUUGAUGAUUUAUGCCUCUUUUUUUCUCUCUCUUUAAGAUACUACGCUUAUCUCCAGCAAGCUCAAGCUUUUUACACAUUUCCGUUCCACCAGAUGAUGACUGCGCCACCUACCAUGGAAGCCAUGACUGAGCAGCCAACUCUAGAGGGCAUUCCAGAGCCAAAUCUUGCUCAGGAACCUCCUAAAGAAGUUAAAAAAGGUGGAAGGAAGAGAAAAGCCAAAGCAACUGAGCCAAAGCAACCUAAAAAGCCUGCUGCUAAGAAAGAAAAAGCAACCAAGUCGAAAGGGAAACAAGAAAAGAUCACAGACACUUUUAAAGUGAAAAGAAAAGUGGACCGUUUUAAUGGUGUGUCUGAAGCUGAGCUUCUGACAAAGACUUUACCUGAUAUUUUAACCUUCGAUCUGGACAUCGUAAUAAUUGGCAUAAAUCCCGGCUUGAUGGCAGCUUACAAAGGGCAUCAUUACCCUGGACCUGGAAACCAUUUUUGGAAGUGUCUUUUCAUGUCUGGUCUAAGUAAUGAACAGCUGAACCAUAUGGAUGACCACACCUUACCACAUAAAUAUGGGAUUGGAUUUACAAAUAUGGUGGAAAGGACAACACCUGGAAGCAAAGACCUCUCCAGUAAAGAGUUUCGAGAAGGAGGGCGAAUUCUGAUGCAGAAAUUACAGAAGUAUAAACCUCGUAUAGCAGCUUUCAAUGGAAAAUGUAUCUAUGAAAUUUUUAGUAGAGAAGUCUUUGGAAUACGAGUUAAGAACUUGGAAUUUGGAUUGCAGCCACACAAAGUACCAGAGACAGAAACUCUGUGCUACGUUAUGCCAUCAUCCAGUGCAAGAUGUGCUCAGUUUCCUCGUGCGCAAGAUAAAGUUCAUUAUUACAUAAAGCUAAAAGACUUACGGGAUCAGCUGAAAGGCAUUGCACCGAACACAGAGGUGCAGGAAGUGCAGUACACGUUUGACUUGCAGCUUGCACAAGAGGAUGCUAAAAAGAUGGCUGUCAAGGAAGAAAAGUAUGAUCCAGGUUAUGAAGCAGCAUAUGGAGGAGCUUACUGCGAUCGUGCACCAUAUGAAAGCGAACAGUGCAAUUUCUCUUCAAAUGGAACUGGUAAAGGGUGGUGCUCGGGACAUUCAUUCUCUAAACCGUUCUGUAGAACUUCUUAGAACCAUUCCAUACACUUAAUUUUCUACCCUUUAAGCAACUUCCACAAUUCAUACAAUAUAUUUAAAGCAUAGCAGCAGUUAAACUCUUACAUAACUGAGGGAAUGUGAAGUCUCUGUAGGAGGAAGGAGUGGGGAAAAAAAAACCAAAAGCAUUUACUCUUAUUUAAAAUCAAUUGUCUGCAACUUCAAACUGUUUUCCCAAACUCUGAUUCAUAGGAUGUGACAAAUAGACAUGACUAGUGGCUUACACAGUAAUUGCAUUCACUUUUGUAUGAAUGUAUCGUGCUUUUUGACACUUCAUUAGUUUCAUUCCUAAGGAAAGCAAAGUCAUAGAAUGAUAAUUGAAAUUGUUCUGUUGUUGGUGGGGCAAAUGAAGGAGGAGUAUUUGAACACUGUAACCCGAGUAAUUCAUCUGUGUUAGAAUAGCUGGUGUAUUGGCCAUGCAGUUUGUAGACUAAAAGAAUGAGUCUAGUAACCUUGCUGUAACUAUAGAAUCAUAGAAUGGCCUGGGUUGAAAAGGACCACAAUGAUCAUUGAGUUUC